CUUCAGUCGUGGAACGUUGUAGAAAUGGAUGAGACUGAACCAGCAACUAAGGGGCUUGAAUUAGCCGAAGCUUCCGAAAACACGACUGCAGGAGCGGUGGAGGAGGGGGUGGCCUCGGAUACCGAAUCGGAGGCCGAAGUUACCACGAUGACUGUGAUGGGAGAAGCGGCGAACAUCGACAUAGCCGAGUCACUCCCGAACCCAGACGACGCUGAAACGACGUUUGCAGAGGUAACUACAGUUACUGUUGGAGGUGUCCAGACUGCAGACGACAAUGUAUUCUCAACAUCUGUCGCCGCAGCAACCUCUAUCCCUGAGCAUGUGCUUUCAGGCAGAACCACCCUGCAGAUCAGGGACAGUCUCAGCACACAGAAGGCCACACUGAUCGUUGUGCACACAGAUGGGAGUAUAGUGGAUGCCACAGGCCUGAAGGCAGCAGCUGCACCCAUGACUCCAGGAUCUCAGACUCCCUCUACCCCGCUGACUGCGAGCCAUGACAAAGAUGUGUCCAAGUAUAACUGGGAUCCGUCUGUGUAUGACAAUGAACUGCCGGUCCGAUGCAGGAACACUAGCGGGAUCCUCUACAAAAACAGACUGGGUUCAGGGGGCAAAGGGCAUUGUGUCAAGCACAACAAUAAGUGGUACACUCCCACGGAGUUCGAGGGACUUUCAGGGAGGGCCAGCAGUAAGGACUGGAAGAGGAGCAUUCGCUAUGCUGGCCGACCUCUACAGUGCCUUAUACAGGAGCGCAUCCUCAACCCCCACGCUGCCUCCUGUACCUGUGCGGCCUGCUGUGAUGACCUAACUAUGAGCAAGGAUGGUUCGUUCGGAGGAGACAGCGUGUCCAUGACGGGCCCCGUGCGACUUUUCGUCCCCUACAAGAGGCGCAAGAAAGAUAGCGAGCCUCCGGCCUCUCCAGAGAAGAAGGAGACCCCUCCGGCUAAGAGCAUCGCACUGGCUCCAGGGGCCACGUUCACGGUAACCCCAUCAGGUCAACUCACUACGUCAAGCACGCUGACCUUUGACCGAGCAGCCACAGGAGAUGCGACCGCCAUCAUCUCAGAGAGUCCUGCCCCGCCAGACGUCUUCAGCAACACAGCAGUGUUGGCCACACUGCCGGCACUGGCCGUCCUCCCUCAGCAGACCAUGGUGCAGCCUAAAGCCGGGGCGGGCGGAGCAGAGGCGGGUGAGCAGCGCUCCACCUGGCUCUACCUGGAGGAGACGGCCAACGCUCUGCUCCACACGGCGCAGCAUCUCCGGGCCCUCAUCGCCCAGGCCAAGCAGGCCAGCCAGUCGUCUGGCACCGGCUCUGGAGGCCUGGAGAAGAGCGCUUGCUGCAGGAAGGACCCUUUUCCGAGCCAGCUGUCACUUGCUGAUGACCCAGAGGGGAAGAUUACUGAAAUUAUCAUCAAGCACACCUGUGUGAACUGUGGCCGUGAAGCUUCGAGUGAAUGUGCAGGGUGCCAUAAAGUCCACUACUGCUCCAGCUUCUGCCAGAAAAAGGACUGGAAGGAUCACCAGCACAGCUGCCCUCAGCCGAGUGGAGGUGUGGGCACACACGAGGAGGCUCACAUAGCAAGCCUGGACACAGAGAAGGUUAAAGCCUAGCCCCCUCUACCACACAGCACAUCUCCCCACACGACACUCACAGACUGCCUGGAUCAGGACGAUAUGUGCAUUUUCGAUUCCCUGAAGAUCUGACAUGUGUGCAUGCAUGUGUGAGUGUGUGCGUGAAUGUGUGAGUGUGUGUGAGUGUGUGUGCAUAAGCGCACUUGCAAGUCCAUGUGUAAAGCAAGAGACUGAAGCAAGCAGGAGAACCAACCUCAUAAAGGAUGGAUGCAUAUUUCCCCUUCUGUAUAACUCCAGCUGCAGCUGUAACGAUGGAUGCAUAUUUAUGCCUCUGUAUGACUCUAACUGCACUUGUAAAGCUCAUUCACAUAGAUUUGGUUAAAGUUGUUUUUUACUUCAAUAGUCAUUGGCAUUUUCAGAGCACACACACUAAACCAGGAGUCACUGCAACUGACAGAAGGUUUGUGAUAUGCUAUCAACAGUAGCCUUUCAGGACUCUAACUUUACCCUUUACAGGGUAGCAAUAUCUAUAUUUUCCAUCUAUUUUAAUAAAUUAAGACUUAAUAAACACAACUGGCAAAAAUUAGAACUUUGCCAAGGUUUUUGUUCAAAUAAAUGUUAAGAUGUUAGAUUAUUUUUUUCCAUAUUAUAUCCACACAGGUGUCCAACAGGAAAAGAAACCUUAGCACCAGCCCCUCAGUCCCAGCACUCAUACACAAAUAAAUACAUUUUACAGCCAGGCUUUGACAAAGCAGAAAUAGAUCAUAUGAAUAAAAUGAAAUGACAAAAAUAAAGGUUACAUUGUGACUCUAAGUUUCUGUGCCCUCAACAAAGGUUAAAAAAGGAUGCCAAAUAGUAUAAAACCUCCUGGAACACCCUCUGACAAUGAAAUUAAUCUUCUCCAAUUUGAGAUGGUACAUGAUUUCUCUGACCCAGUGACUGUGUGUCAGUGAAAUAGUGUCUUUCCAUUUAAACUAAGAAAUGUUCGAACAGUUAGGAGUUUUAAUGAAAUCAUGCCAGUGAAGUACAUCAUCUAAUCCAAAUGUCAGGCCUAGCAAUGUGGAACAGCAAAUUAGUCUUGACCUAAAAAUGUAAUGAUGUCAUCCUAAUUACUCAAAUUAAUGAAUUUUAGACCUUCAUACUGACAUGCACUUAUGAUUACAUUAGUAGCACCCAGAAAGCUGCAACACACCCUAUGACCUUUUGAAAAGGAAUUUAUAUGGGAAUGUAUAUCUUAUUUUUUUCAUGCAUCAUGGUUAUCCAGUUAGUCUGAAUAUAAUCAGUAUUAGUAUUGACUGUAAUGUUGAUUUUAUUACUGACACACUUCAGUUACUGGUGAACUUUGAGUUUAUUGUCCCAAGACUGAAUUCAUGAACUGUAUGUAUUAAAUAUGCACAGACCAUUUAAGAUCUUUAUUAUGUCACUAUCGCAAACUACCAGACAGGAGUAAAACCUGCACUUUCACAUUCUUCAGGAUUCAGCUUUGACACUGUGUGACCUGUAAAAUUCAAGAUACAAAGAACUACAAAUCAUCAACAAUUUCUUGUAUCAUUGUUGCUUUAUUGUUGAAAAUAUUUGCCAUUUUCCCAUACAGGACUGAAUCCCUUUAUUUAUCUGUUGUAAUGUGCCUGAUACCAUUGUCGAGUUUCUGUCUUUUGUAGCACAUGCCAUUAUCUUCCCCAUCUGUGGCUGUCUGCACUCUAAUUGGCUUAGAUGCCACAUGCCUGUCAGUUUAAGCAAAAAAUCUACAAGUUCUAAUGGAGAAUGAACACUAUUGUGACAUGUGGAGCUGUAAAGGUUUCAUGAAGGUUUUGUACCAACCCACACUAAUCAGCAAAAGUACAGGAAAACAACAAGUGUUCUGUUGUUAUUUACAUUUGUAUCUCGGGUACAGAAUCUCUGCUCUGUUAUUAGGACUUGUGUCUCUUUAAUCAGUGUCAGCCUGAUAGGCAAUCUGCACUUCCACCUGUUCCACUGAGCUGUAUAAAAUAAUAACACACAUGUACAAACAGAUUAGUGUUUUGGAAUUUAUUUACACAGUUGGUCUAAGGCAUGCGAGGCAGUGCUUGCCAGUGCUAAUUGCCUUCCCACAUCUUGGGUUAGUCUCUUGGUGCCAGGACCCUGGGCCUUGCCUCCUCUUUACAACAUGGGCUAGUGUUGCUGUUGUAGUAUCGCUAACUAGCAGUAGACUCCAGUAGACAGUAGACUAGCAGUGCACCAAGCAAAACCAGGCCAAGUAAAGAAAAUUUGGCCAUGAACCUGACAGAAACGGAGCAGGAGAGGAGGAAGAGUAACUGAAAAAGUAAAGCACUUUCUUUCUUGAAAUUCAUAAAGUUAAUUUCUCUGGGUUUGCGAUAUUCAAACUGCAUGAAAACUGAAAACUGCUCUUUGCUGUUAGUCUGCUGAGUUUUAAGGUGGAUUUGACAUUUUGAAUAAGAAGCUGGAGAAUAAGAUAAUGUUCACAAACUCUUUGUAGAUUUAGUAGAUUUUUGUUUGUUUUUUGCUAGAAAGAAUAACCAUUAUGUAAACAUUAUCAGUUUAAAUUUCUAUUGGUUUUCAGCAGUGUUCGAGUGAAGAAAGAUUCGUAGUACAGGUAGCUUCUCUGUGUGUUUGGUGCAUAUCUGGUAGAACAGCUGAAACAGCUGAUUUACUGCUGAAGAACACAAGAAGAACAAUUAUAAGAUUAUUAUUAAGUUGAUGUUGUAUUACUGUUGCAUUCAGUAAUGAGAAAAAAUGCAGAUGAACUAUAAUGGGAAUUUCAGGACUGAGUGAGGCAGUCGUAUACAGUGGAAACAGACAGACAAACAUACCGUGUGGGUGUUUGUGUGUGUUGAGGGUCAGUACAGUAAAGCUGAGAACCAAGAAGGUGAUGACCAAGGCAAGAAAUAUCAGCUCACUGAAACAUUGACUCUAGGGUUAACAAUUUUAGUUCUAUUUAUCUGUCAUAUCCAUGCAUGACAGCCGUAAAAACUGCAUAAUACAUCCCACACAAAACAAUUCCCCCAAACAAAUGAACCACAGCUCCACUGUGGUUUUAAUGAAAAACUAUCACAUUGGUGUUGAUAUCGGGUGACGUUCAAAUACAAGAUGUUGGUAUUGGCUUGGUACAGAAAAACCAACUCCACCAUUAUCUUUUAAUUUCAAGUAUUAAGCCAUGCACUACUUACUAAUUUCAGCCAAAACCAGUACAGAAGACAAUCAUGACCUUGUGUUUCCUCUUUCUUGGAAUUCUGAAUUGUAAAUGACACACACACACAGAGUAAAGUGCAUUCCUGAAAUGGCUUUUAGAUAAUGGCUGUGGCACAUUGCAGAGAUGACCUGGGCUUGCCCCUGAGGUGGCCAUCCAAUGUCAUGCAUCUGACAUCAUCCACAUUAAUCCAGAGCUGAUGAACUAUGCACCUCCGAGAAUUACUACAUUUGUACCUUUUCCUGAAAAUGUUCACUUUUUGCACUAUAGAAGGACAAUUUGUAAAAGGUUUUCUUUGUAGUCGAAUUGUUCCAUGGAUCUAGGAUGCAAAUAACAAUAAAAAGUG